AGUGUGCUUCUACUCGGCCAUUUUGAUCAAAUCCAUAGGAAGGACUGGUUCAGCGCUGGUCAAUCUCGUGUUGAUUAUCUCGACCAGGGAAACUUUCCGUAAUCAAAUCGCGCAAAAUGGCCGCGGCUACCAAGGACAUCGAGAAGCCGGUCGUUGAAGCGGCAACCGUGCAUCGCAUCCGAAUUACGCUGACUUCGCGUAAUGUUCGCAGCCUGGAGAAGGUGUGCGCGGAUCUGAUUGCCGGAGCCAAGAAGCAGAAGCUUCGUGUGAAGGGACCCGUGCGUAUGCCGACCAAGAUUCUUCGCAUCACCACCCGUAAGACGCCUUGCGGUGAAGGUUCGAAGACAUGGGAUCGAUUCCAGAUGCGCAUCCACAAGCGUAUCAUCGAUCUGCAUUCGCCGUCGGAAAUCGUGAAGCAAAUCACCUCAAUCAACAUGGAACCCGGUGUUGAGGUUGAGGUCACGAUUGCCGACCCAUAGGCUGCUGGUGUCCCUUCUUGUUUACUAGCCAGCCGUGGUUCCCCUAUGUUGGCUAGUAGAACAAAUAAAAAUGCGGUAUUGUAUGUGUGUGAUAGUAGGAUAACGUUGGGAAUUCUAUAUGCACGGAAUAUGGAGCAGACGUGGAGCUGUUAACACGAUGUUUAGAAUGAACAUACCGCCCAUAUUCCCUCCUAUAGUAAUGCCAUGGAUGUAUGUUACUAUUGCGGUACAAACAAUUUGCGAAACCUAUAAAAAAACUUUUUUUAAAAGUUCCGUUGAAAAACCCAU